AUGGAACUAGUAAAUGAUACACAAAUUUCAGAAUUCCUUCUUCUGGGAUUUUCAGAAGAACCAGAAUUGAUGCUCCUCAUAUUUGGGCUUUUCCUCUCCAUGUACCUAAUCACUUUGUGUGGGAACCUGCUCAUCAUCCUGGCCACCAUCUCAGACUCCCACCUGCACACUCCCAUGUACUUCUUUCUCUCCAACCUUUCCUUCGUAGACAUCUGUCUCACCUCCACCAUCAUACCAAAGAUGCUGGUGAACAUCCAGACACAGAGCAAGGUCAUCACCUAUGCAAGCUGCAUCACCCAGAUGUUCUUUUUCCUAGUUUUUGGCGCAUUAGAUGACUUCCUUCUGACUGUGAUGGCCUAUGACCGAUACGUGGCUAUCUGUCACCCCCUGCACUACACGGUCAUCAUGACCCCCUGGCUCUGUGGAAAGCUGGUUCUGGCAUCCUGGAUCCUGUGUGUCUUGUAUUCCUCACUACAUAGCUUGUUGGCAUUGAAGUUGUCCUUCUGUACACGAGUGGAAAUCCCCCACUUUUUCUGUGAACUUAAUCAGGUGGUCCACCUUGCCUGCUCUGACACCUUUCUUAAUGACAUGGUGAUCUAUUUUGCAGCUGUGCUGCUGGCUGGUGAUCCCCUCACCGGGAUUAUUUAUUCUUACACUAAGAUAGUUUCCUCAAUUAGUGCAAUCUCUUCAGCUCAGGGGAAGUACAAAGCAUUUUCCACCUGUGCUUCUCACCUCUCAGUUGUCUCUUUAUUUUAUUGUACAAGCAUGGGUGUGUACCUUAGUUCUGCUGCUACCAACAGCUCACACUCAAGUGCAGCAGCCUCAGUGAUGUACACUGUGGUCACCCCCAUGCUGAACCCCUUCAUCUACAGUCUGAGGAAUAAAGACAUAAAGAGGACUCUGAAAAUGGAACUUCGAGGGAGGACUGCCCCUGUAGCUUCAGCCCAGGGACCCCCAACCAGACAGGCCUCUUUCAGACAGGAACACCCUCAGUCCUACUACACUACACUCCCAUCUUUCUACCCGUGGGCCAGGAACUUCAAGGGAGGACUACCCCCCCCCCGUAGCUCCAGCCCUGGGACCCCCAAGCCAGACACCCCUCUUUCAAACAAGAACGCCCUCAGUCAUACAACACAACACUCUCAUCUUUUGACCCUGAGCCAGGAACUUCGAGGGAGGACUGCCCUCCGUAGCUUCAGCAUCGGGACCCCCAAGCAAGACACCCCUCUUUCAGCCAAGAAUGCCCACAGUCCUACAACACCACACUCCCACUUUUCGAACCCUUGGCCCGGAACUUCAGAAGAGGACUGCCCACCAUACCUUAAGCCCAAAAACCCCCAAGUCAGACACUCCUCUUUCAGCCAGGAACGUCCUCAGUCCUACUACACCACACUCUCAUCUUGCGAUCCCUGGGCCAGGAACUUAGAGGGAGGACUGUACCCCGUAGCUUCAGACACAGAACCCCCAAGACAGACACCCCUCUUUCAGUCAGGAACGACCUCAGUCCUACUACACCACACUUCCAUCUUUCGACUUCAGGGCCAGGAACUUCUAGGAAGGACUGCCCCUCGUAGCUUCAGCUCUGGGACCCCCAAUCCAGACACCUCUCUUUCAGCCUGGAAUGCCUUCAGUCCUACUACACCACACUCCCAUCUUUCGACCACUGGUCCAGGAACUUUGAGGGAGGCCUGCUACACAUAA